GGGGGCGGAGCUGCGGCCGCGAGCCCGCCCCCCGCUCGCCCUCCGCCGGCCGGCUGGCGCGGCCAUGGAGGUCUACAUCCCGUCCUUUCGCUACGAGGAGAGCGACCUGGAGCGGGGAUACACGGUGUUUAAGAUAGAAGUGCUAAUGAAUGGAAGAAAACAUUUUGUUGAGAAGAGGUACAGCGAAUUUCAUGCCUUACACAAAAAGCUUAAGAAAUGUAUAAAAACUCCAGAAAUCCCAUCUAAACAUGUUAGGAACUGGGUCCCAAAAGUCUUGGAGCAGCGACGGCAAGGCUUGGAAACAUAUUUACAGGCCGUCAUUUUAGAAAAUGAAGAGCUCCCCAAGCUGUUCCUUGAUUUCCUUAAUGUGCGACACUUGCCAUCUCUACCGAAGGCAGAGAGUUGUGGAUCGUUUGAUGAGACAGAAUCUGAAGAAUCCAGCAAACUGUCCCACCAGCCGGUGCUGCUCUUCCUCAGGGACCCAUUCGUCUUGCCUGCAGCCAGCGAUUUUCCAAAUGUGGUUAUUGAAGGCGUUCUCCACGGGAUAUUUUACCCUCAUCUGCAGCCCAGAUUUUAUGACACGCGCUCAUCUUUUCAUCUCGAGGUUUCCUCAGUCAGCGAUAGAUCCAUCCUGAAGUGCCGGCACCAGGAAAGUAUCACAGAAAGGCACUGUGCUGAAUGUGAGGACGGAACUAAACUGGAAAUUAUAUUUCGCUGUGCAUGUUAGGGCAUUUUUAAAAGGUCAUGUCAUUUCUAUUUACACUGCAGUAGGGUUGAGCCUUGCCUAGGGAUUAGCUUCUAGUGUCAGUACCUAAAAUAAAAUGGAGCAUCCAGAUUAUCCUCAACUGCCCUUCAAGAAGACGCCAUCUUGAAAAUCUGUACAUCCAGUGCAUCCAGGUUUUCUGCCAAUGUUGGGAGAAAUGACCGUUUCUUCCGCUGAAGACCUGUGGGGGUUGUUGGUGUUUGCUUAGGACAGUUUUGUAUAAAACCUCGUACCUUUUCACGCGAGAAUCAUACUUAGUCGUGCAAGAUGCUUGCUUCCCGAGAGGCAGGUGUGAACUGACUCACCUUAGGAGACAGAGUGAUAAGCCCCAUUUUGAUUCCUUCAUGGUUCUUCAGCACUCUUCAAGGUUUACUCGUUCAUUAAAUAAGUGGAACUGCCACCAGAUUGUUAUUUUCUGUAUCGUUUCCUUUUCACUGACUUCCUGUAUGGAAUUUAUGUAAGUUAAAUGUAUGUAUGAUCUCACUCCACUCAAGAUCUCACACACAUUCAUAUUUGGAGGAGUAUGAGGAGAAAAACACACAUGCAAAUGUAAUGUAUGUGCUGUAUUCGGGCAUUUCAUUGAAAACUAAUUAAUAGCUGGCCUAUUUAUGGUUAUUAAUUUUACUAAGCUGCUCUGUGGGAGACAAAUAUUUGGACUCAAGAGGAAUAACUGAAUCAUGGUAUCUGGUUAAGAUCUACAUAUAUAUAUAUAGGUUUCAAGCCUGCUGCAAACUUUUAGGGAUACAUUUUUGAUACCUAUGUGACUUCAUGCUGGAAACAGGCAAGGACUAAAUAAUCAAGUGUCAUGAACCAAAAAUAACUGAAUGCUCACAUGUUGGAGAUAUUUUUUAAAUGUUUUGUUGUUAGCUAUUUUGAGUUAAAUAAAAACA